AUGGCAGACUACUCUGUACGCAGAGUACAGAAUAUAUCGAUCGCAAUUGGGAUUGCGGGAUCUUGCCUGACUGCUGUGACAUCGAUUCCAGCUAUCCGUGCAGUCAUUGCUCGAUACCAACUGAAAAAGGAGAAUGACCUCUAUCAAUCUUUGUGCCGGCUGUACCAAGAUGAAGAUGGAUCUGCUACCGAGCUGUCCUCCGAAGUAUUUUCGGAUCGGUUCCAGCGAACCCUGAUCGCUUUACUCUCGCUCACAGGUAUCCUUGCAUCUCUAGCCAUUGCUGUCUCGGAUAGCGACAGCUACGGAGCUCACGGCCAGCCAAUUAUACUACAAUGGCUGAUUUUUACUAUUUGGGGACUGCUCCUGAUACAAGCAACUGCGUUGGCUGUUGAGCCUUUCUCGACCAAAAGAUAUGAACUCGGCCUGUGUAAGGCCGCCUCCUGCGGUUUCCUUCUAGUUAUCCUCUGUGGCCAGUUAUGGUCUACCAAGUCGGUCAAGGGAUGGCAGCACCUUGUCUCUCCUCGCGGUAUCCUUCUUCUGGCCCAAUUAGCAGCUGGUUUCAUCAAUUGCUGUGCUUCAGUAUCUUUGCCUCGCCGUCCUGAAGUGUAUUUGGAAGGGAAAGCUGUGGAUCAGCAGUUUACUGGGGCCUUCUUUGGCCGUGUUUCCUUCUCCUGGGCAGGCCCUUUACUUAAAUUUGCUAUAAAAAACCAAACAUUGGAAAUCGACGACCUUCCAGCGCUCGACUAUGCAACCCGAUCCAAGAGCUUGCGAGAUGUUUUCGACAAAGCGAGAAGGCCUGGCGAGAAACUUUGGAGGACGCUUGUUCGAGUAUAUGCUUAUACGUUAAUUAGCCAGGCCCUCCUUGUUACCUGCACAUCGACUUUGAGCUUUGCGCCCCAGUAUUGCCUUCUGAGAAUACUGCGUUCACUUGAGGGCCGUAACUCUGUUUCGUGGCAUCCCAUGGACGCUUGGGUCUGGGUAUUUGCUCUUGGUGGCUCUAUCCUUCUUUCUACAACUGUUGAAUCUUGGCUAUACUGGGUUGCACAAUAUCAGUUAGGUAUCCCAGUUUACGAGCAGCUUUCUGCGGUGGUCUUUGCUAAGGCAAUGAGGCGGAAGGAUGUUAAGGGUGCGCAAAAGGCCAACGGACAACCUCAGCUGGGAGGCAAGCAGGGCCAUCCCCAGGUACCCUUGGAGGAAGAUAGUGAAGAUGACAGGAAGACUAGACAAGACGCUAUCAACCAUAUUGCCGUGGACGCAACUAGAGUUGCGGAUUGUGCAUCCUACAACUGCAUUAUCAUCCUUAUCAUCGUCAAGCUUACUAUUACCAUCGUAUUCCUCAGCGGCUUGAUAGGCUGGAGAGCCCUUGGUGCUGGACUACUUGUCUCAGUGAUCAUAACUCCCUUGAAUAUAUAUACGGCUAGGAGGUACAACUCGUCACAAACAACGCUGAUGGGCCAUCGCGACCGUAAAAUGGGAGUUGUUGCAGAGGCCCUCCAGGGGAUCCGCCAGAUUAAAUUCUCUGCAUUGGAGCGCCAAUGGGAACAGAAAAUAUAUGCUGUGAGGGAAGCCGAGCUAAGUUCUCAAUGGCAAGCCUUCAUCUGUGAAAUCUUGCUGGUCACUAUCUGGAUAAUUGGACCUGUCAUGCUUUCUGCCGUCUCCCUGGGAGUAUAUACCAUUCUGCAUGGCUCUCUGUCCCCGUCUGUUGCAUUUACUACAAUCUCAGUGUUCACGGCCAUAGAAUUUUCCCUCGCAGUCCUGCCAGAAUUAAUUGCGGACUGUAUAGAAGGAAUUGUUAGUACGGGACGUAUAGGGAAAUACCUCGAGUCAGCUGAAAGAGUCCAAACGACAAUUCCAGGUGAACAUAUCUCGUUUGAGAAAUCUACUGUGGCGUGGCCUGCAGAGAACCUUGAUUACCGACUCGAACGGUUCAUGCUUCAAGAUUUGAACAUCAACUUCCCGUCAAAGGGGCUAAGCGUGAUCUCAGGGAAGACCGGGUCUGGGAAGAGUUUACUUCUCGCGGCCAUCCUAGGUGAAGCUGACAUACUCGAAGGCAUUGUUCGGGUCCCUGUUCCACCGCCACUCGAGGAUAGGUUUGAUAGCAAGGCAACAAAGGCUAACUGGAUAAUUGACUCGGCCACUGCAUAUGUUGCGCAGGUACCAUGGAUUGAGAAUGCGUCUAUCAAAGAGAAUAUACUCUUCGGGCUCCCUCUUGACACGGAAAGAUACCAGAAAGUCAUCUUUGCCUGUGCACUAGAGAAGGAUUUUGAAAUGCUUCCAGAUGGCGAACUCACGGAUAUUGGAGCAAAUGGUAUCAAUCUCAGCGGUGGCCAGAAAUGGAGAAUAUCGUUUGCACGAGCAUUAUAUUCUCGUGCGGGAAUUCUCGUUAUGGACGAUAUAUUCAGUGCCCUUGACGCCCACACGGGGCGGCAUCUACAUGUUCAUGCCUUAACUGGUGAACUAUCUGUAGGACGGACAAGAAUCCUUGUUACUCAUCAUGUUGGACUUUGCCUACCGCAGGCAGAUUAUGCAGUCCACCUCGAACAUGGAGUUAUCAAAUACGCAGGGACUCCUGCUGAACUUCAGCGAACCGGAAACCUCAGUGAGAUCCUCGCAGAGGAAGAUAUCAAGGAGGCGGCGAUAACCCCAUCCCUACCAAAGGCUCUCCAUGAACCGCCUUCAGAAGAACGUUCUGCUACUGCACAAGACGGUUCCCAGAGGCCAAUGAAGGAGCCGCCAAAGAAAUUCCAACAGGAAGAAGGCCGUGAGAUUGGCGCCGUGAAGUUGAUCAACUACGUGAAGUAUCUACAGAACGGAGGAGGGCUUUCAUUUUGGACGGUCGUGAUGUUUUUGUUCACCCUUUUUGCGAUUCUGGGAGUAGUCCGCUCAUGGUGGGUUAGUAUCUGGACUAGGUCCGUUGAAGAUAUGGCCGAGCGAAAACUUGAUAUCAUGUUCCAUAUCACGAACCGCAUCUUGACUCCAAAAGAGUCAUCCUCCGAUAACAUAUGGUUCUACCUUGGAAUAUAUGUAGCACUGUCGGUGCUAUCAUGUGUGAUCGGGUCACUUCGAUAUGUAGCUUUCCUAUACUCCUGCAUUCAAGCAUCGAGGAAUAUAUUCAAAAAGCUUACACAUACGAUCCUCCGGGCUCCUUUACGCUGGCUCGAUACCGUCCCACUUGGUAGAAUUAUCAACAGAUUCACUUCGGAUUUCAAUCAAAUUGACUCCAAGCUUCCAUAUGAUUUGUCGGGUAUGAUACAAAACAUUCUACAGAUCCUUGGAAUUAUAGCGGCAGGUGUACUCGUCUCGCCGUUCCUAUUCAUCUUUGCCGUGGUCUUACUCUUGCUAUGUUUCCAUUUUUCCAAUUUAUUCCUUCAAGGAGCUCGUGAGAUCAAGCGUCUUGAGAGUAACGCCAAAAGCCCGAUAUUCGAACAAUUCGGUUCCGCCCUGAUAGGAUUAGGGACGAUUCGUGCAUUUAGCAGAGGACAAACUUAUAUCGAGCGCAUGUAUGCUCUUAUUGAUCGUCAUGCGCAAGCUUACUGGAACCUAUGGUUGUUUAACCGAUGGCUCGGGUUCCGCAUGGGUGUUAUUGGAGCAGCGUUUGCCAGUGCCACUGCAGCCUUUAUUGUAAGUCUCAGCUCAAUCGAUGCGUCUCUUGCCGGGUUCGCCCUCAGCUUUGCUCUCCAAUACACAUCUACAGUCACCUGGAUGCUACGACAAUACGCCAAUGUUGAGCUGGCGAUGAACUCGGUGGAAAGAGUGUUUGAAUAUUCUGAUCUCGAGAUUGAGAAUCAGGAUGGCCUAGAUGCUCCUGCAGCAUGGCCGACAGAUGGUCGACUCGAAGUCUCAGACCUUGUUGUUGCAUAUGCUCCCGAGCUACCUCCGGUUUUGAAAGGACUGUCAUUCACAGUCGAGAAAAAUCAGCGAGUUGGAGUAGUUGGCCGGACUGGCGCAGGCAAAUCAUCCUUGACCUUAGCAUUAUUCCGUUUCCUUGAAGCCCGAGAAGGAUCUAUCUGUAUAGAUGGAAUUGACGUGUCCAAGAUCAAACUCGCACAUCUACGGAGUCGUCUUGCCAUUAUUCCACAGGACCCGGUUCUAUUUUCUGGAACAAUUCGCUCUAACCUGGAUCCAUUUGACGAGUAUUCUGAUGCUGAACUUCAAAGUGCUUUGGAACGUGUCCAUCUAACCCCUCCAGCGGACCAAAUGUCAUCUAUCUCUGCCGUUGAGGUUUCAGUGACUCCAGCAGAGUCCGGUGUAAGCACUCCAACUGCCGUUGAAUCCAGUGCUUCCAGUACUUUAGCUAGCAGAGCCGGUGCGAAUAUCAACAUCUUUAAGAACUUGAAUUCCAGGAUAUCUGAGGGAGGUCUCAAUCUUUCUCAGGGUCAACGCCAGCUGCUUUGCCUGGCACGAGCCAUUGUAUCCCGCCCGAAGAUCAUGGUUCUUGACGAGGCUACCUCUGCAGUUGAUAUGGAUACCGAUGCUCUUACACAACAAUCCAUCCGAUCUGAAUUUGGCCGUAACUCAACAACCUUGCUGGUCAUCGCCCAUCGUUUGAGCACUAUCGCAGAUUUUGAUCGUAUCCUGGUGUUAGAUGCCGGAAAGGCAGUUGAAUUUGGUGCACCAAGGGACUUGAUGAAUAUCGAAAACGGUGUAUUUAAGGGCCUGGUGCAAAACAGCGGAGAGCGAGAGAUGGUGGAGAGUAUUAUUAUGGGUUAA